UCCUCUAGCAUAGCUUGCCCUAACCAUUAUGGCCAUAAACCUCAACUCCAAAUUCAUUCUUGCAAUCUUUUCCUCUUAGGGACGUGUGCUUACGAAGUCACUUCCCGCACCCUUCCCCUUGAAGAGGCAUCCUUGGUCCAACGUCAUGAGCGGUGGAUGGCUCACCAUGCCCGCUCAUAUAAAGAUGACGUUGAAAAAGCUAAUCGAUUCAAAAUCUUCAAACAAAACUUAGAGUUUAUUGAAUCCUUCAACAAAGCUGGCAACCAUUCUUACAAACUUGGUCUGAACAAAUUUUCAGAUAUGAGUCCGAAAGAAUUCAAAGCCACAAUGCUUACUGACGAAAACAAUAUCGUUCACCCUGCUACUAAGUUUCCAAAAGGAAACUCAUUAGGAAAUAAUGAGAGUACUGUCAUUGAUCCUCCAAAUAGUGUGAACUGGGUAGAGAGGGGAGCUGUUACUGCAAUCAGAGAUCAACUCAAAUGUGGUGCAUGCUGGGCAUUUUCAACCGUGGCAGCAGUAGAAGGAAUAACCCAGAUAAAAACCGGGCGGUUAGUUCCCUUGUCGGAGCAACAACUCAUGGACUGCGACGAGACCAACAACGGCUGCGGCGGCGGCUGGCCAACCAAGGCCUUCCAGUACGUGCAGGAAGCCAACGGCCUCAUGUCCGAAUCCGACUAUCCCUACAAGGGAUACAAGCAAGCCACGUGCGCCACUACCGGAGGCUACGCGGCGGCAACCAUAACCGGGUUUGAUCAAGUGGAGCAGGGCGAAGACGCGCUCCUCCAGGCCGUGACCAACCAGCCAGUCUCCACCGUCAUAUCUUUGGACGGCUACGUGCUCCAACAUUAUGAAAGCGGCGUCUUCGCCACCGAUUGCGGGAGCGGGGCCUCGCACGCCAUCACAGUGGUGGGCUACGGUGCCACCAUGGAGGGGGACAAGUAUUGGCUGGUAAAGAAUUCGUGGGGUACCACCUGGGGCGAAAAUGGGUACAUAAAAAUGGUGAGAGACGUGGUUGAGGGAGGGCUCUGUGGGCUUGCCAAAAUGGCUUCUUACCCUACCAUUGAUUAACCAUCUAAAUAUAAUUAAUUAAGUUUAAACCCUGCUUUGCAAGAUAUUUUGCACUCUAUCAUCAACUAUAGUAAUAUUAUAUUUGUACCCAAAAAGUUUAGAUUAUACUCCGCAUAACAUAAUGUAGAGUGUAAUAUAAAUUUUGAAUUUUGUUUCAUUGUACCAAAACAAAUACUAAAUAUUUAUAAUAUAAAGCUCUGAUUUUGAA